AUGGGUGCCAUCGUCGAGUGUUUUCCGCCGCUGCGGGAGGAGGAGAUGGCGGUUCUAUCGCUUAACAAACUGCCGUUAGGUUUCCGGUUCCGUCCAACCGACGAGGAGCUUGUUGAUUACUAUCUCAGGCUUAAGAUCAACGGGAACGGUGAUGAAGUUUGGGUUAUCAGGGAGGUUGAUGUUUGUAAAUGGGAGCCUUGGGAUUUGCCUGAUUUAUCUGUUGUGAGGAACAAGGAUCCAGAGUGGUUCUUCUUCUGUCCGCAGGAUCGGAAGUAUCCAAAUGGGAAUAGGUUGAACAGAGCGACGGAGCAUGGUUAUUGGAAGGCAACGGGGAAGGAUAGGAUGAUUAAGUCUGGACCGACGUUGAUUGGAAUGAAGAAGACUCUUGUUUUCUACGCCGGUCGUGCUCCCAAGGGGCAGAGGACCCAUUGGGUUAUGCAUGAGUAUAGGCCUACUUUGAAGGAGCUUGAUGGUACUAACCCUGGACAGAACCCGUAUGUUCUCUGUCGCUUGUUUAAGAAGCAGGAUGAGAGUCUCAAUAAUUCAAACUGUUGUGAAGUCGAGCAGACUGCCUCAACUCCUAUGACUGCCAAUUACUCUCCAGAAGAAAUACAGUCUGAUCUGAAUCUGGUUCCUGUAACUUCCUCACCGGCCACAGAGGAUGAUAAACACCUACCAGAUAUCCCUGAGAACUCUGAGGAAGUGAUAUCCAACGUUAUAACCCCAUCUGAUUGCUACAGCGAUGCAUGUAAUGCUGCUGAUGCACUGUAUCAAAUUGUAGAAGUACCGGCUGCAGAGGAGGACCCACUGUUGAACUUUGACAUAUUUGAUGACCCACCGUUGGAGUCAUUGGAUGAUAAAUUAUUCUCCCCACUCCAUGCACAUUUUCCACCAGAAUUUUACCAUCAAGCCAACAAUGAAUUAUUUCAUUAUGGUACAAAUAAGAUGGAUGAUUCAGACUUUUUGAACUCAGCUAUUAAUUGGGAUGAACUCUGUGAUUCAAUCUAUCUUGAAGAUGAGAACAAUGGGCCAUGCAGUGUUUCAGAUGUGGAAAUGGCCAAUAUGAUGCAUCUGCAACCAUCACAUGCUUAUCCCGGGGGGGCUAUUCUGCAAAAUAGCAAUGUAGGAUCGUUUCAGAACAAUUCCCAUAUGACAUUUUCAACUGAUUUUAAUAUGGGCCAAACACCCACUGUCACCAAUGACUAUCAGCAAUCAGGGAAUUUGGACGCCGUUGUCCAUGGCGACAACACUGGAAUCCGAAUAAGAAGUCGACAAGGACAAAAUGAACAGCCAAACAUGAACCCAGUGAUGCAAGCACAAGGUAGUGCCCCAAGGAGAAUACGAUUGGGAGGGUUUGUGAAACAUUCCCUUGGUUCUGAGGAGACGACAAAUUCCCUUGGUUCUGAGGAGAUGACAAAUUCCCCGACACAUUCCCUUCUUUCUGAGGAGACGACAGAAGAUGAGAGUUGUACAGCAGAAUAUGAGCAAUCAAGGAAUUUGGAUCCUGUUGUCAAUGGGGACACUGGUAUCAGGAUAAGGUCUCGACAAGGAAGAAAUGAACAGCCAAACAUGAAUCCAGUGAUGCAAGCACAAGGUAGUGCACCGAGGAGAAUACGAUUGGGAGGAUUUGUGAUGCGUUCCCUUGGUUCCCAGGAGACGUCAAAAGAUGUGAGCUGUGCACCUGAAAACCAUAACUCAGAAACCAUCAUUGCCAGCAAAUCAUCUAUUUUGCAGGAGAGGGAAGCAUCAGAAAACCUUGCUGCUGUUGCGAGUAUUUCCGACACUAACUAUGUAGAUAAACCAGAGAAGACAUCUCCGACAGAAUCCACCUUGGGGUGGAAAGACUUUCUAAUGGGCAGAAGGGCCCAUAACACAUCAAAGCCAUCCACGAAUCGGUCCAAGUGGUUUGCUGUUCUUGCAGUAUCUGCAGGUGUACUGGUCUCGUCAGUAUUGUUUAUGAAUAUUUGGGGAUAUCUUAGAUUUGAAACUGCUUAUUAG